AUGCUCGCGGGGGAGCUGUCGGCGUGUUUCUCUUUCCAGAACAGAUGGGAUGGGUGCCUCAGAAGUCUUGCCCGCGGUUUUACUGGACAGAAAUUGGUCGUCUUCGAAACAAAGUGGGUGAUCGUGCUCGCCUCAGCCCACUCAAAUCCCAGCUUCGCCCCGAAUCUCUGGAGUAAGAAAGUAAGGUCUAGAAAGGCAUUCCACCGAAGAACCAAGAAGUUAGUCACGAUGGGCGCGAAUUCAUCUGUGGCAACAGAAGUGAGCAAGCAAUUUAUUGGGAUUGGCUCUUGUUUGCGUGGGCUUUCCUCAUGGUUGAAUUGGUGUCGAAUCGCUUUCGCUCCUGCGUUUUCUCGACCCGUCGCAUAG